AUGAACUACGGUGGGAAUGACACGCGUAGAGGAACAAGACGCAUCCUGUGCACGCAGCAACUGACGCCAGAGACGCAGCAACUGACGCUAGAGACGCAGCAACUGACGCUAGAGACGCAGCAACUGACGCUAGAGACGCAGCAACUGACGCUAGAGACGCAGCAACUGACGCUAGAGACGCAGCAACUGACGCUAGAGACGCAGCAACUGACGCUAGAGACGCAGCAGCUGACGCUAGAGACGCAGCAACUGACGCCAGAGACGCAGCAACUGACGCCAGAGACGCAGCAACUGACGCUAGAGACGCAGCAACUGACGCUAGAGACGCAGCAACUGACGCUAGAGACGCAGCAACUGACGCCACAGACGCAGCAACUGACGCUAGAGACGCAGCAGCUGACGCCAGAGACGCAGCAACUGACGCCAGAGACGCAGCAACUGACGCUAGAGACGCAGCAACUGACGCUAGAGACGCAGCAACUGACGCUAGAGACGCAGCAACUGACGCUAGAGACGCAGCAACUGACGCUAGAGACGCAGCAACUGACGCUAGAGACGCAGCAACUGACGCCAGAGACGCAGCAACUGACGCUAGAGACGCAGCAACUGACGCUAGAGACGCAGCAGCUGACGCCAGAGACGCAGCAACUGACGCCAGAGACGCAGCAACUGACGCUAGAGACGCAGCAACUGACGCUAGAGACGCAGCAACUGACGCUAGAGACGCAGCAACUGACGCUAGAGACGCAGCAACUGACGCCAGAGACGCAACAACUUUGUGUACCAAUGCCAUAUUCUGUAAAUUCCAUCUGCAGUCGCUACAAGCGAACAGAUAAAGACAGUUGA